UCACGUGGUCUUCAGUUUGUGUUCAUCGGCUCUGCAGCGAUUUUGGCGGGCAACCGACGGAAGUGCUGUAGGCGACUGUUGACAUUGGACAUUUUGUGGUAGAAUAAUGGCUGGCGGUAAAGCCGGGAAAGAUUCUGGAAAGGCAAAAGCAAAGGCCGUGUCGAGAUCAGCAAGAGCUGGGUUGCAGUUCCCCGUUGGUCGUAUUCAUCGGCACUUGAAGAACCGUACAACGAGCCAUGGGAGGGUUGGCGCUACUGCUGCAGUGUACAGUGCAGCAAUUUUGGAGUAUUUGACAGCUGAGGUGCUGGAGUUGGCUGGUAAUGCCAGUAAAGACCUGAAGGUGAAGCGAAUCACGCCCCGCCACUUGCAGCUUGCCAUUCGUGGGGACGAAGAACUGGAUUCCUUGAUUAAGGCCACUAUUGCAGGCGGUGGUGUCAUUCCCCACAUUCACAAAUCACUCAUCGGCAAGAAGGGAUCACAGAAGACGCCAUAGUUUGGCCACAUUAUGUCUACGGGCAUGCAUUAGCAGAGGAUCACUAAUUUUUCACCUUGCCAUUGAUUAAAAGUGUUACAUUCUCACGUAUUGGACGCAUUUUUGCUUCAUUUCUUUUGUACCCAGUAGCUUUUAAUUAAUGUAUCCCCCGUUCAUUUCAUGCCAUCAUUUUGUAUCAUAUGUUCGGAUUCACUCUAAAAUAAAGUGGUUUCAUGAGUA